UGGUUUAUACAAUCAGGGUGGAUUGACCUUUGUUUGACCUUUGGUAUGAUUAUCAGGACGACCUCGUGCACCUAACUCAUGAUAGGCACGUAAUAUGGUGAGCUAUUCUUCACUGUUAUACGUCGUGUUGUGUACAGUUGUCAGGAUUGUGGGUUUUCGACAUUUUGAGCGAGAAUACUAUUGUUUCAUAGAAGUGUGAUGACGUCAGUUAUUUUCUAGUGUUGUGACGUCAGCAGAGACCGAAAAUAUAGUAAUUAUAUAGUGUUGUGUGACAUCAGCAGAGAUCGGGAAUAUUGUUAUUUUAUAGUGUUAUGAUGACGUGAGCCGAGAUAGGGAAAUAAUAAUUUUGUAGUGCUGUGACGUCAGAGAAGAGGACGACAUAGAAACAAGGACAGCGUCGUGACGUUUGCCGAGGACGUGGGUAUGGUUUCACGUCGCUCUACAGGAUGAUUUUAUUGUUCUUUGUUUUGUUUUGGCAAGUCUCUCCGAGCUGUGCUGGAGCCUACACAUACCACAGCGUGUACGACUACGGUCUCUCAAAUGACCAGCUGUCCUGGAUAGUGAUUGGUUCCCUUCUAGCGUUCGGAAUCUUCCUAAUAGUGGUCAUCUUUGUGUGUAGACAGUGUGGUUGCUGUGGUCACCCCCGGGAUGUGGGCUGUAGCUCUCCCGCACUUUCAGACACCCGUCCGUUUAAUGUAAAUGUGUCUGUCAUCGACAGCCAAGGAAUCGAUACGUUCCAACAAGAACAUCGCCCGCCAGACCAGAGUAGGUCAGCCAAGCUGCCUGGCCUUCCACCAUACGCCUACGAAUGUGUCCCGGGAGACUCGCCUCAGACCGCCCCGCCACCUUACACAGUCAAGGCCGAGCCUUGGUGAGACCCAUGAGACGGAGUGGACCUGAUUUCUUCAUGACUGAAUGCGAUAUUGAAUAUGUGCAGAUAACAUUUUGAAAUGGAUUCAAUGUUGAGUAAAAAAGAGUUGAAUAGGAAUAAAUACAUUCCAUGAAGAAACCGAGAGAUGAUUAAAUAAUGAAGAGCGGGAUUGAGCUUUGAUCUGAAGUGGAAUUUUAAUUGUUAGGGUAGUUGGAAAGAUAGGGUUAUGAGGGCGCAUCAGACUGCGACACAGCUGUCGGGAGAUACAUCGAGUGUGGAACAGGACCAUCCAACCAUCCAUCAAAUCAAACUCCAUGAUCCUACCACCAAACGGAAGUAGAAGGUAUUGCUUCCGGUUCUAAAUCAGAGAUAAAAAAUGUUGAAGAACAAAAUGCAAUUCAACCUACAUUGGAGAUGAUUAAAGCAACAGUUUCACCGCUCUGUUGCGAUAAAUUUACAACAUUGU